CCCCAUCCUAAAGGGCUUUUGAAGAUGUGUCUCUUCCACCAAGAUCUGCUUUGGGCUUUGCAGGGAUGGAACGCCAAACUCCUUUCCUUGCCUUGGCGGCUCCAGGAUGCUCCAGCUCCUUUGCACACCCAGCACAGCAGCUCCUGCCCCCAGAGAAUCAGGUCUGGGGCCGGGCUGGGUGGUCCUGGGCCGUGUGUGCAGUGCAGGGAGGGGGUUCCUGUCCCCCCGAGGUGGCAGCAGGCACAGUCAGUGCCGUUGUGGCGGGGAGUCCCCGCGCUGGCGGCCGUGCGGGAUCCCUGGCAGCUGUGGGCACCUCGUGGCCGUAUUUCCUCGCUCUGCUCCAGGAGUAAUUGCUCAGACGGGGACGUGGGGCAACUCCCAUCCCUCUCCCGGCAUGGUAAUGAGUGAAGAAGACUCAAAGACAAAUGGCUCAUUAAGAAGCAGUGCUGCAUUGCAGGAUUUUUCAUCCCACCAACCGCUGCAUCAGCAGAGGCAGCACCUCUCGCGCUCGCUCUCCCAGCCCUGGAGAAGGAGCUGUCAGGCAGCUGGGGCUGGUGCCAAAAUUAAUCAUGUGCUUAAUAACGUGCCCAGCCCAUCGAACGGCCUGUCCUCAGCCUCCAGGCUCUGGAGCAGGGUGGCUGCGCUGGGCUGGGGCCCUGGGGCAUCGUGGAUUUGGGGUUGGUGCUGGGAAGUGCCCAUUCUAGGUGAGAAGGGAUGUGUCAGGGCAGGGCUGAACCAGGGGAGAUGCCCCCAACUUUGGGGUGCCAGAGCCCCCCAGUUAUGUCAGGAUGUCAGGAUCUUCCAGGUUUUUGGGGUGCUAGAUACCCCCAGCCCUGUUGGGGUCCCAGCCAUCUGUGCUGGCUUUUCUGGCCUUCCCAGUGGCCUCAGUAAACACCUCCUGCUCCACUCAUAUUUGCAAAUCCUCAGCUUGUGUUCAUCUUUCAUGACUUUUAACAAAUCUUGCCUCAUCCCUUUUUUCCAGCGGUGCUCGGUUGGAUCCUGCCCCUCACAGCCCUCUGCAGGCAGCGCCUGCCUGCAGCUGCUCUGCUUUCUUUUAUUAACAGUAAUUGGUUUUGAUUUCCUGAUUGCAGCCAGUGUAUUUCUGUGAUCUUUGCAUCCUGCUCACACUGUUCUCCUCUUUCCCUUCUCCUCUUUCCCUUCUCCUCUUUCCCCUUCCCCCUUUUCUCUUUCCUUUUCGUCUCUUUUUUCCCCUUUCCUUUCCUAUUCCCUUUCGUCACCUUUCCCCUUUGUCUUCUAAAUUAGGUGAUCUCUUACUAAGCCCCUCUUUUUUUCCUCCAGACAGUGUAAAUUUUACUAAUUCAGACUCAUAAAAUAACAGAGCAAUUAGUAAUAAAAUAAAAUGUUUGCUUUCCACAAUCCUUCUCACUUACAACGAGCAGGGAAAGAGUAAAUAGAUUAAAAGCACGGUGGAAACGACCUGGCUGUAUUCCAUAUUUAUUUUCUUCCGACGACCGUAGAUCAAAUUUGUUCAGCCCCUAAGUGGGAAAACCACUUUAUUUUAUUUUUUUUUCCCGGCUCCAGCUCGCUCACGCUGCGUGUUUGUUCUCUCCCGCUUUCAUCCCGAGCCGUAAAGGUCCCCAGCAGGACCCAAGCUGGCAGAACCUCGCAUUAAUUUGCAGAACGGGCCUAGCUCGCACUUCUCCCGGGCUGGAAGGUGGAAAUAAAGCCCCUUUGGUGGCGCUGGGAAGGCGGGGUGGCAGGAGGAGGCUUUGUGGAGCGGGCGGCCGGAGCCGGAGCGAAUGAAAGUCGGUGGCGAGGUGGCCGCUGGGCCGGCUCUGGCACCCGCUGGCAGGAGAUUGCAUAACAGGAUGGGACUGGGGAUGGUUUUGGGGCUAAACUGGGUGAAACACGUGUCCUUGGCCGUGCAGAGCUGUCCCCGUUGCUGCGCUGGUGUGGGGCGGCCUCAGGGGAGAAUGGAAAUCUGGGCUGAUAAAAAAUACACGGGGAGGUGGCUCAGGCUGGUUUUGGGGGGGAACACCUUUGCUCUGGCUUCAUCCCCGACCUGUUCCUC